CUGUUCAAACUUGUAUCAUCGUUCACAUGUUUGAGUCCUAUGUUUUGUAAAUUCUCUUGGUUUUCUGAUUUUGUUAGUUGCUGUUGUAGACUGGAUUGGUUAUACAGUUCAUAAGCUGGACUUGAUUGGGACAUAGUGAUCUGUGGAUUGUUUAGCUCUUGUGUCUUUACUUUCCUGUGUUCUAAGUUCUGUUUCUUAUUAUAUUAGUUACUAGUUCUGAUUAUAUAAUGUUUGCCUUACAUAUUUGUUUCAUUGUAUGAUUAGUUACCAAGGUACAAUGGGAGAUACACAAGAUGUGAAAGCUAAAGGUCAAUAUAAACAAUGGUCUGAGCCUGAACACAAGUUGUUAGUGCGGCUGCUAGUGGACGCAGUUAAUCAAGGUUUUCGUGAUGCUAAUGGCAAAUUCAACAAACUGACGGUGGAAAGAAGAAUAUUACCAUCUCUAAAUAAACAGCUUGGAACAAAUAAAAGUUACAACGAGUACAAAAAUAGGCUCAAGAACUUGAAAGGUAAGUACAAUAGCUUGAAAGAUUUACUUCGUUUUAGUUCAGGAUUUGGGUGGGAUCCUGAAACGAAGAAGUUCACAGCUACAGAUGAAGUAUGGAAUGGCUUUUUGGAGGCUCAUCCACUUAAAACAAAUUUACGUGAUGAUACAUUUGAAGAGAAUAGUAGGUUAGAAAAGCUUCCUCCACGUAAGAAAGCUAGAACUGAUGCAUGUAAUUCGAACAAAGCUUCUGAUGAAGUGGAUACGGUAGAAGAAUUUGGUCAUCAGAUUUUUGGCAUGAUACAGAGAAGAUGGGAAAAGGAAAUUGAAGAAAAGGAAGCUGAUGACAAAGCUAAUAAUGUGUGGGAUGCUAUCAAAGAAAUUCCUGAUUUGACUGACGAUAUGCGUUAUGAAGCUAUGACAUUGAGUUUUAAUGAUGGAUCGUAUUGUACAAGAAAGUGA